AUGGCUUCCACUUUCUUUAUUCUCCAGAUAUUGGCCUCGAGUCAUUUGUGUUUAGCAAUUGAUAAUUCUUUAUUUAAUUUAACUUAUCGAGCAGUUUUCAACUUUGGUGAUUCUAAUUCUGACACUGGAGGACUGGCUGCUGGAAUAGCCUUCCCAGUCGGGCCACCCAAUGGACAAACUUACUUCCUCAAGCCAUCGGGAAGAUUCUGUGAUGGCCGGUUAAUCGUUGAUUUCUUGCGGGAUUCAAUGAAUUUGCCACUCUACAAGGCCUACUUGGAAUCUGUUGAUGCACCGAAUUUCCAAUCGGGGUGUAAUUUUGCCACUGGAGGGUCUACUGCACUUGCUGCCAAAGCCAAUUCAAUUAGUCCAUUUUCAUUUGGUAUCCAGGUAGACCAAUUCAUCAGAUUUAAAGCUCGAGUUCUUGCAUUAUUGGCAAAAGACAAAAGGCUAAGAAAAUUUCUGCCUACAAAGAACAGUUUCGAACAAGGCAUAUACAUGUUUGAUAUUGGCCAAAACGAUGUUGAUGCUGCAUUUUUUUCAAAACCCGAGGAUGUUAUUGCUACAAUUCCAACUAUUUUGUUAGAAUUUGAAACGGGAUUACAGGUUUUUUGUUUCUCUUCUCUAAAAACUGAAAACUGAAAAUUAAUUCAAAAUUGAAAACUGAAAAGCAAAGCGAAUGUUUUUUGACUACUAGCAGAUAUUAUAUAAUGAAGGAGCAAGGAAUUUCUGGAUUCAUAACAUGGGGUCACUGGGUUGUUUACCCAGAAUUAUUGCAACAUUUGGAAAUGAUGCGUCAAAACUAGAUGAUGUUCAAUGUGUCACUUCACAUAACCAGGCAGCCAUGCUUUUCAAUUUACAACUACAUGCUUUGUGUUCAAAGUUCCAAGGACAGUUUCCAAAAGCCAAAGUCACUUAUGUGGACAUAGUUUCCAAAAGCCAAAGUCACUUAUGUGGACAUCUUCAACAUCAAACUCAACCUCAUUUCAAAUUAUUUUCA